AUGUUUGCACCACUUCUUGCUGUUGCGGCUCUCUUUGGGCUGGCUGUAGGCCAGAAGAUUACUCUUCAAGCGGAGGAUGCUAUGCUCUCUGGUACCACGGUUGGCUCUUCAGUCGCAGGCUUUACAGGAACCGGAUAUGUAGAAGGCUUCUCGGAUGCCACAGACAAAGUGACUUUCAACAUCAGCAGCCAAACGGGGGGUCUGCACGACCUCGAGUUGAUCUACAAUGGACCGUACGGCGACAAGUUCACGAACAUUGUCUUUAACAAUGCGGGCGGCAGCCAAGUCAGUCUUCCCGCGACCACAAAAUGGACGACGGUGCCCGCGGGCCAGGUGCUGCUCAAAGCAGGUAUAAACACAGUUGAGAUCCAGAGCAACUGGGGCUGGUACCUCAUCGAUGCCAUCACCCUUACGCCCACUGCCCAGCGACCUCCGCACAACAUCACCACAACCCCCGUAAACCCCAAAGCAAACGCCGACGCCAAAGCGUUGCUGAAAUACCUCGUCAGCAUCUACGGCAAGAAGAUUCUUUCAGGCCAACAAGACCAGGCAUCUUUCGACUGGGUAACUACCAACGUCGGCAAGACACCCGCCAUUCUCGGCCUCGACUUGAUGGACUACACCGACUCCCGCACCUCACGCGGCGCCUCCUCCAAAGACAUCGACUACGCUCUCGCUUUCGCUAAAAAGGGGGGCAUCGUAACCUUUGUGUGGCACUGGGGCGCACCCACGGGCCUCUACGACACAACCGAGCAACCCUGGUGGUCCGGCUUCUACACGCGGGCUACGGAUUUCGACAUCUCUCUCGCGCUAUCCUCUACGACAAACGCAAACUACACGCUGCUCCUCCACGACAUCGACACCAUUGCCGCGCAGCUCAAAAAAUUGCAAACAGCCGGCGUCCCCGUCCUCUUCCGCCCGCUCCACGAAGCAGAAGGCGCAUGGUUCUGGUGGGGCGCCAAAGGCGCCGCCCCGGCCAAACAACUCUACCGUCUCCUCUACAACCGCCUCACCACCACACACAACCUGCACAAUCUCAUCUGGGUCUGGAAUUCCGUGAGCCCGGAGUGGUACCCUGGCGACGACGUCGUGGAUAUCGUUUCUGCGGAUACGUAUGCGCAGGGCGACCACGGUCCGCAGUCGGCAACGUUUAAUGCCUUGUUGAAGUUGGGGAGUAGGGAGAAGAUUGUGGCGGCGACCGAGGUGGGGAGUGUCAUGGAGCCUGCCGAUCUUCAGGCCUAUAGGGCGGAUUGGGCGUGGUUUGUGGUGUGGGGGGGUGAGUAUAUUAGUGGCGGGGUGUGGAAUAGUGUCGAGUUUUUGAAGAGGGUUUAUGGGGAUGCCUAUGUGCUUACGCUAGAUGAGAUUCAGGGGUGGAGGCGGACGUGA